UCAUCUGUAAUCAGAAACGGAUUCUAUUUUCAGUAAUCUGCUGAACGCUGGCUGUCUGAGACUGAGAGCACAGGAAAAAAGGAAGAAAAUUAGAGGUUAGACAACCCUUUAAAAGAGGGAGUGAGAGAGAGGCGCGAGAGAGAGAGAAGUAGAGAGAGAGUGAGGCGGUGGGAGAGAGAGAAGAAGAGAGAGAGAGAGAGAGAGAGAGAGAGAGAGAGAGAGAGAGAGAGACUGUUUCUCUGGUCUAGUUCAGGCAGUUCUUUUCUCUUCUCAAGGCUACCUGGAUAUUACUGGAUGGUACUGUGCACUGCAACGCUAGCCUAGCUCUCUCAUCCUCCUCUUCUCUCGUCUUCCUCUCUGCCCUGUACGUGUGUUGGGAAGGUGCCUGUCUCAGGUGCAGACAUGGCCACCUCUGUGCUCUCCAGGAUUAUUCUAUGUCUGGCUAUAUCUCUGUUUCCGGUAUUGACAGUGACCAGCCAGGAUGUCAACCUAGGGAACGAAGACAGCUGUGCCGAAAACGGCAAAGUCUACAGCAACAACGAGAUUUGGAACCCGGAGCCAUGUAAGAUCUGUGUGUGUGACCUGGGGACUAUUACCUGUGAGGACAUCCGAUGUGAAGACCUAGCCUGUAAGGAAACCAGCACCCCUGAGGGAGAAUGUUGCCCUGUGUGUUCUGAGGCCGCAGGAACCCAGGGCCAGCAGGCUACUACCUGGGAUAAUCUGCUACCAAAGAUCAAAACGGACGAGAAGAAGGAUGAGACCUGCAGGGACAACGGGCAGGUGUACGCCCACAAUGACAUGUGGACCCCAGAGCCGUGCAAGGUGUGUGUGUGUGACAGUGGAACCACCAUCUGUGAGGAGGUGCAGUGUGAGAUGGUGGGGAACUGUGAGAAGGUGACCAUCCCUGAGGGAGAGUGCUGCCCCGUGUGUGACAGCUUCUCCAGCGCUAACAGGAGGAUAGAAAUGAUGGCGUUCAAGGGUCAGAAAGGCGAACCUGGUGAUAUCCCUUACGUCGUGGGCCAGGUCCUCCCGGAGCUCAGGGGAGCAGAGGAUACACUGGUUUCAAGGGCAGAAAAGGUUUACAGGGCCCAGCAGGCUUCGACGGGGGAACCAGGAGUCCCAGGGAACCCUGGUGAGCCAGGAUCCCCCGGCCAGCCCUCACCACCCUGGG